GGCCACCAUGGGCUCGCUGGGGCGAUGCCUGGCCCGGAGCGUCCCGCGGGGGCAGCCGGGCCUGAGCCCCCCCGGGCCCCGCUGCUACGGCUCCGCCCCCCCGGCGCUGCAGGAGCAGACGCUGCUGGUGGCCAAGCCGGACGCGCUGCGGCGGCGGCCCCCCGUGUGGGAGGGCUACAACGUGGUGCGCUGCACGCGGGCCAUGGUUGGGGACAGCGGCGCCGUGGGGACAAUCCGCGGGGACCUCAGCGUGCACAUCGCCAGGAACCUGGUCCACGCCAGUGACUCCGUGGAGACGGCCCGGCGGGAGAUCGGCUUCUGGUUCCAGCGGCACGAGCUGCUGGCCUGGGACAGCGGGGACAGGGACAACAUCUACGGGCUCUAGAGCCCGGCCGGGGGCACCCCCGCCCCCAAUAAA